AUGUUUUCUAUCUGGUUGGUCGUACUAACUGUCUCCUGCUGUGGAAUAGCUGCUUCUAACGUUUCAGAAGCAUUUAUUGAGAACAAAAUAGUACCAAAUAUUAUUAAAAAUGCGCCAGAAGAUUUAAUUCACGUAAAGUAUUCACGAGUAGAAAUUAAUCUGGGAAACAGAGUUCAUCCGUUUCAAACUCUAACAAAACCGGAUGUGACCUUUAAUGCUAAAGAUGACGAGCUUCAUACAAUAGUUUUUUUCGGUCCUGAUCUACCCCCAGACAUAACCCCGCCAUACACUCAAUUCCUACAUUGGAUGAUUGUAAACAUUCCCGGUACAUCUUUGAAAGAAGGUAAAACAGUCUCUACAUAUUUUCCACCGACGCCAUAUCCAGGAGGCUUUAAUUAUAUCUUCCUUCUUUUCAAACAAAGUGAAAGUAUUGAUGCCAAGAAACUUGAAUAUUUAAGUGUAAUUUUCAAUCGGCCACAUUUCGACAUAAUAGGAUUCCAGGAGAAACACAACCUUACCGGACCUGUUGCAGGUAACUUCAUGAAAGAAGUGUACCUACCGCCCUAUUCCAAA